AUGGCCCCUGAUAUAUGGGGUGAUCUACUUCGCGGUGCCCGUGCACGACAUGCGUUCGUUUCCAAAACCAUAGUCGUCCUGGGUGAGCCGAGCAGUGGCAAAUCAAUACUGGUGCGGCAGCUCGUUGGAUCAGACCAAGCCCGAGCAUCCGGUCCGAAGGAGACAUCCGGACCCUUGGGCUUCGGAUUCAUUGAGCUUUCCGAGAACGAUAAAACUGACGAGUCUUUGCGCACCAGCGUUUAUACCGUGCACUCGUUUGGCUCGUCGAUCGCUGCAACUCUGCCGUAUGCAUUUCCUCCUGUGCAGACCGCGCCCGAUGCCUCGGCGAUGGGUGCAUUGCAUCGCAUGCGUGAAACCAUUUUCCUUAUCAUACUUGACUGGUCAAAACCAUGGACAUUCGCAGCUCAACUCGUUGCGUGGUUCCGCUUGCUCCGCGAACUUAUCCAACAAGCCUAUGUCGCAGGGCAGGAGCAUUCGGCGGACACAGAGCGUGCAACGAUGCGUGAAAACCUCGAGACACACCUAUUUUCCAAUGCUGACGACGUCCGACCACCUGGUAUGCUGACCGACAAUCUGGGCGUGCAUAUUGCACUGGUGUGCACGAAAGCCGAUUGCCUUGAUUCGGCCAUCAAAGAACGGCGUCUGUCUGAUUCACAGAUCGAUUCGCUUCAGCAGUUUCUUCGUACGGUCGCUAUGUGUUAUGGUGCAGCUAUUUUCUCAACAACCAUCACUAGGGCAUCUUCGUACGAUGCUCUACGUGCGCAUGUUCGACACACGUUGUAUCCAGACACAAGCGAGGCCAAUGGCACUAGCACCGUCGAAGCAAGCACAGCCGACACACGUCACCUGCUCGUCCCCGCAGGCUGGGACUCGUGGAGCAAGAUCGAGGCAAUUGACGAAUCCUUUUCUUGUCGCACGUGGCACGACGCUUGGAUUCAUGAUAUAACGUCUUCAUCUCCCCUCGAUGCCACCCCACGCAUAGCAAGUAUGUGUGCAGAGCUUGUGCCGCCCCCACCAAUGGAUGAUGCGAAUCAUCAGUCGUCUGUGGAAGUGCCCUCUGAGCAGACAUUUCUUGCGCAGCUCCAGGCGCAUCAGCCUCCUGACGAUUCUAACAUAACAGCAUCCGCUCAUGGCGCGUGGAAAACUGCUCAAACUACACCGGCACGCAAUGCCAUUGGGCCAUCCAUGCAUGCAUCAACGCUGGAUGUGCCGUCUAUUGGCCGUGUCUGGAAGAGCAAACACGAGAAGUGCCUUUGCCAUCAUCGCCUGCACCGUCGUCGCGAUCGGACGAUGUGCGCACGCCCAGCAUAA